AUGAAGCAAUCCUCCAGCCGUAUGCCUAGUCAGCCGACAGACCAACCCAGCAACGCCAUACACAGACUAUCAGAAGUGCUACCUCGAUUUGAAUCCCUCACCGCAUCCUCAGCAGCCAAUCAAGCCAAAACCGAAUAUCGACGAGGUGAAUUUCUUGAGCAGUUAGUUAGCCAGAAAUAUCCGGCAGUGGUGGCCGAGGAGCACAUUCAAUUUAUUCGUGAUUCUUUCACUAGCUUCAACGACCAAAUUAAAAAACUACAUACGGAUGUACCAAGAGUAAUCCAGAGACUGAGAAGAAGUGCUAGAAUUGGUAAUAUCGACAAUGAUACGAAUGCUGAAACGGAUGGGGAGAUGGCUAUGGAUGUUGAUGACAGAAAAGAUAGCGACUAUAAUGAAGAUUGUGGGGUUAUAUCUCAUCAGCUUACCGCAGAAGAAGAGGCAGAAGAUGAGGAACGCUGGCUUCAAGCAGUCAACGCCCUCCCAAAGGAAACGACUAUGACCAAGUACUUUAUAGAGAUGGGCUAUCAAAUGCCGCCUUCUCCGCCAAAGGAGGAAUCGAAGGUACAAGAUCAGCAAGAACUUCAACUCCCUAGGCGUAAGACUCACUCAAAGAAAUGGGUCCCGAGUCUUAUUAAGAACAACAAACGCGCCUCACUACCACCGGCAUGUACCGAGCAGCGAUUCGAUGAUGCAUCACUACACAAUACUGUACCAAACCAGAAUGCUGAUAAAACUGGCAAUCUGGCAUGGCCAAGAGAGCCGUCGCAUUCCAGCUCAUCAAUGCCUCCUCUCAAGCGUGCGAAGACGGUGUUUUCAUCCUCUGGCAGAUCGAAUUUUGGAGCCAAGCAGCCCCCUCGCUGUGCCUCAUGUGUACAGAUGAAAAAAAACUGCGAUCGUAAGACUCCUUGCGGAAGAUGUUCUAGCAUGCGCGAUUACAAAGUUUGCAUUCCAUACUGGAGAGAUUUGCAAAGAAAUUUGGAGGCAGAGCAAUGA